UGGGGAGGUCAAAGGCGAAAAAGGCGGAACUAACUGAACCACAACCAAACUUUUCUGCUUUAUGGUACCGUGCUAAGGUUGUAAUGUUCUACAAAAGCCUGCUAGGGAGUGCCUGCACUCUAGUGGGAGCCGUCACUGCCUUUAAGUACGCACCCUUGGAAGUCAAAGCCCAAGCAGCGGCUCUCCUUCACAGCGCAGCGAGGAAAACAUUGAUGGUGGAACAAGCCAACAUGAGGGUUGAACUUCUCCCGGCUCUCAGUGACAACUACAUGUACCUCCUCAUCGACACGGACACCAAGGAAGCGGCCAUCGUCGAUCCUGUGGAGCCCGUGAAGGUGGUGGAGGCAGUCAGAAAACAUGGCGUGAGACUCACAACAGUCCUGACCACCCAUCACCACUGGGAUCAUGCCGGAGGCAAUGAGAAGAUGGUGAAGCUCAUGCCCGGCCUGAAAGUCUACGGAGGUGACGACAGAGUAGAUGCCCUCACGAAAAAAGUCACCCACUCCCACAGUUUCAAAGUGGGAUCGCUUAAUGUGAAGUGUCUGUUCACGCCGUGCCACACGACCGGCCACAUCUGCUACUACGUCACCAAAGACAACAGCUCCGAGCCUCCAGCUGUUUUCACAGGGGACACGCUGUUUGUGGCCGGAUGUGGUAAAUUCUUUGAGGGGACUGCUGAGCAAAUGUAUAAAGCUUUGAUCGAGAUUCUGGGACGACUUCCUGGCGAAACGCGUGUCUACUGUGGUCAUGAGUACACCGUCAGCAAUCUGAAGUUUGCACGCCACGUGGAGCCUGACAAUGAAGUCAUUCAGAAGAAGCUUGCUUGGGCAAAGGAGAAAUGCAGCAAUGGAGAACCUACCAUCCCAUCCACUUUGGAAGAUGAAUUCACCUUUAACCCGUUUAUGAGAGUCAAAGAGAAGACGGUACAAGAUCAUGUCACUCAGACCAAUCCGAUCGAGACGAUGAGGUGUCUCCGCAAGGAGAAGGACGGCUUCAGGGUGCCGAAGGAGUGAUGCUCAGUGCACACUAGACUCUGCUACUGCAAUAUGUACACACAAUAAGAACUUUCUGCUAAUCAUCGUCCAAUCAUCACUCACUCUUAACCAAAGCACGCUUUGUUUCAUGACAAUGCAAGGCAAAAGGUAAGCAGUCAUUUUUGAGUAAAAGUUGUGUUUGGCAUUUGUUGGUUUUAAAGGAAUAUGGCCAUUGAAUUACUGCUUCGCAUGAGGAAAAUAGUUGAGAUUGUAAAUAUUGAUGUACAAAAAAAAAUACUUAAGGGUAAUUUCUUUAUAUAGUUUAAACUAUGUGUUAUUUUAAAGUGUUAAGUCUUGAAGUAAUAUGUUUCAUCUAGUAAAUGCUUUGAGCAA